AUGGAUGACCUCGUCAAUGGUGGGGAAAUAAAUCAAGAAUUGGUAGAGGAGGUUGAGGGUGCUUCUUUUCCAUUAAUUCCUCGUGAAACAAAUUCAAAUUCGGGUUUCUCAAAGGACGAGCGUAAAAAGGCGAUAAGUAUUUUUCUAGAUAGGAUUGAAUCUAUCUCUUAUAACAGAGAUACCAAAAAACUUACGAUUUUUCCGGAUGACGACGAAGAAAUUUCCAAUAAUGUUUUUUGGUAUAAUAUGUAUGGUCGAUUUGAUGAAAAAUUAGCUAAUGAUCGAAAUCGUUCUCGGGCGUAUAUGGAAGAACUUCUUGAAGAUGAUACUUACCAAUAUGAUGCACGACUACAAUCGCAUUUAUCUCAUUUUUUAGUAAUGGUAGAAGGUAAUAAUAAUACCAUCGACACCACCAACAUCGACACUCCCACCAUUAACACCAUCAUCAAUCCCACCACCACCAACACCACCAACACCAUCGCAACCAUCACUCCCACACCCACUCCAACCAUCACCACUACUCUCACAUCCACCACAACACCUGGAAUAAAAAGAAAAAUCGAACUUGAGGAAAGUGGUCAUCGAGCUGCACAAGUUGCUCGAGAUAAAAUAUCGAGGCAUUUUGAAACUCGAUCAAGAAAGAGUAAAAAAUAA